GUGAAGGAUUGGUUGAUGGAGGAUUCAAGUUUAGGAGCUAAAGAAUUACAGAGAAGGAUAAAGGACAAGCACAAGGUAGAGGUACCUUACAAAAGAGUGUAUGCAGGUAAAGAAUUGGCUCAUACAGAAUUAUUUGGUAGUUGGGAUAGCAGCUUCAAUAACUUGUAUAGAUUCAAAGCAGAGAUAGAAAGGUGCUCUCCUGGUAGCUUUGUCGUAAUUGAUCAUCACCCAAUCAAUGACGAAAUCAGAUUUAAUAGGCUGUUUUUUGCCAUGAAACCAUGCAUAGAUGGUUUUCUGAAAGGAUGUAGACCAUAUUUGGCAAUAGAUAGCACAUUUUUGACAUGAAGGUUUAGAGGGCAGCUAGCAUGUGCAAUAGCUGUAGAUGGACAUAAUUGGAUGUAUCCAGUUGCUGUUGGAGUUUUUGACUCGGAAACAAAUGAAAAUUGGAUCUGGUUUAUGCAAAGGCUUAGAGAUGCCAUUGGAUCACCACUUGGCCUGGCUAUAUGCACAGAUGCUGGACAAGCAAUUAUGGCAGGUGUAAAGGAAGUGUUCCCAUCAGCUGAACAUAGAGAAUGCAUACUACAUUUAGUAACGAACUUUAAGAAAAGAUACACUGGGAAGGUAUUUGAAGAUCACCUCUGGGCAGCAGCAUAUUCAUGGAGCCCAUAUAUCUUUGAGAAAAAUUGGAGUGCAAUGGAUGAGGCUAAUCCAGAAGCAAUGGAUUACAUAAGGAAACAUCAUAGUAAGAUAUGGACAAGAAGUCAAUUCUGGACCCAUUGCAAAGUUGACUAUGUCACAAACAAUUUGGCUGAGUGCUUCAACAAUUGGGUAAAGAAAUACAAGGGUUUGAAUUUGGAUGACUUAAUGGACUUGAUCAGGCAGCUUAUUAUGGACAAAUGGGAUAUUAGAAGGGAUAUAUCAGAAAAGAUGGGAGGAGUCAUUUUGCCACACAUCAUCAAGGAUAUCAGGGAGCGAAGUAGGAAUUUGGAUAUGGAUGUGCAGCGAAGCGGGAAUACCCUUGCUGAGGUGUCUGUGAAGGGUAGUAAUGGGUACAAAUGUGUUGUCAACCUAAAAGAAAGAACUUGUUCUUGCAGAAAAUGGCAAGUCUCAGGCAUUCCCUGCAAACAUGCCAUUGCAUUUAUCACAUAUCUUGGGGAACCUUUGGAAAAAUAUAUUGAUAUGUUCUACUCAGUUGACAAAUUCAAGGCUGCAUAUGAGGCUCUAAUCCCUGCCUUACCUGAUAAGUCACAAUGGGCACAAUCUGGCCAUAACUUUUUCAUGCAUCCACCACUCCUAAAACCUACAGCGGGUAGAAGACAAAAUGAAAGGUUCAAAGGAUGUACAUAGGGAAGCACAACAAAAAGAAAAGGGUCCCAUCAGUGCAAAGUUUGCAAAAAUUAUGGCCAUCGCUGGUACAAGUGUAAGGAUGGUGACCCUGAUGACAUAGCAGCAAUGCUGGCUGAAAAGGGUCCGCCAAAGAAAAGGAAGACAAAUGUUGCACCACCUUGUGAGAGCAGCAUUGUACCUGUUGGUUCUAAAAUAAUGCAUUUUCCUCCUAGCCGGAGUGCCUCGGUUACCUUAGGAUCUGGAAACUCAGUAAGGUCUGGAAGUGGUUCAAACCAACCUGAGCCACUUUCCAUGGAGUACCCUGCGCUACCUGUAUGUGAGACCACACCACCUCCUGCCAUCUCGAAGCCUACGACAAAGAAGGCAGCUAAAGGGAAGGCGAAGGAACCUAAAGGGAAGGCGCAGACAGCUAAAGGGAAGGCAAAGGCAGCAGGGAAAAAGAAGAAGAAGGAAGUUUUAGUGCCACAUGAUAGUCCGACAAUGGGUACUAGAAGCAAGACCACACCCCAGAAGGACAGCCCUGCCUCACAAACUAGAAGCAAAAGAAAGGUUCCACUUCCAUAUCUCAACUGCUAGUUGAUGCAGUUCAUUUUGUGGCACUCUAUUUUGCUUGGUCUUUGUGAACCAAUGUCAUGUUCUUUUGCUAAGAUAGUGUCAGCUACUGGGUGCUGCUAGUUCUUUCUUUAUUUGCUAGACUAGAGUACUCUAUUUGCUAAGGUAUUACUAGUACUUUGCAUGCAUGACUGUGUGUAUGGACAUCCAUGGUUGAUUGUAAUAUGUCUGUAUGGACAUCAAUGUUAACAUGUAUGGCUGCUUUUA